GUCCAAAAACUAAAUAAAAUUUUAUUAGGUUUAGAAUGUUUUAAAAAUUAAUCUCUAAUUUGAAGAACCUUGUAUGGGCCUCAAGCAAACCCAAAGGGCCGAAAGUCGGGACGCAGUUGUCUGAAACCGCCGCACUCAUUCUCACAUUCUCUCUCCGGCAGUUGUUAGCCGGCGUCCGCCUUCGCCAGCUAUUUACCAAACUCAGCAUCCGACCAUCUCUACGGUAAAGCUUCAUUCCGCCGGUCAGCCCGCAAUUUAGCAGCCGCCAAUUUUCUCCAACAGCUAAUUACUGUUUUUUUUUCCUUAUGCAUUAGAUAACAACCGAUCAUUCACUCUGUCAUGAUGACAUGUGAAAUCGAAGAGGCCUCAGGACGUGGUGAGCAAUUGAUGGAAGUUGAUAUUGCUGAUGCUAGUAAUGGAUGUAUGACUGAGAUAAGGGAAAACGGUUUGCUUCUUUGGCCGGUAUUACCUCAGGAGGGUGGAGAAGGUCUUCCAUAUGCACCUGCGAAUUGGCCGAGCCCCGGUGAUAUGUGGGGAUGGAGAGUUGGCAAAAGAGUGGCUAAUUCUGGAUUCUAUCUUGACAGAUACUUGUAUCUCCCAUUGCGUUUCCAGAAAUCUAAGCGCAAGAAGGAUGGAUUUGCAAGCAAGCUUUCAGUUGAACAAUAUGUUCGAGCCAUGUUCCCUGGUACUGAUGUCAAAGCCUUUUUUUCAUCAUUCAGUUGGAAGAUACCUUCAAAACAGGCUUAUCUUUUGAAAGAUGAACAUGGCUCUUUUCACAUAUCAUCCGAAGAAAUGGCAGAGCAGUCUCCACUCAAUAUGCUUCCUGGUGCUGUAGGCUGUAAGGCUGGUAAUAUAAUUUGCUCCAGCCUUGUGGAAAAUGACCAGAUUUCUCCUGCUGUAAAACCUACCCAAUCUUGUGAUGUUUGCUGCAGCGAACCUGGAUUCUGUCGAGAGUGUUGUUGUAUAUUGUGUUGUAAAACCAUAGAUUUGGCUUAUGGAGGCUACAGCUUCAUUCGAUGUGAGGCAACAGUUCAUGAUGAUUUAAUCUGCGGCCAUGCGGCUCAUAUUAACUGUGCUCUCAGAUCUUAUAUGGCUGGGACAGUUGGAGGAAGUAUUGGGCUAGACACUGAAUACUAUUGUCGUCGUUGUGAUUCACGGACUGAUUUGACUAAGCAUGUCACAAGGCUUUUGGAGAACUGUGAAUCCAUUGAAUCUCGGGAUGACAUUAAUAAGAUGUUAUGGGUUGGUGCUUGUAUUUUGCGGGGGUCACAGAAGAAACGUUCACAAAGACUGCUGAAUCGUAUUGAAUCCAUUUUGCAAAAGCUUAAAGGUGGAUGUGAUUUAGUUGAUGUCUGGAAGGCGGAAAUGGUGAUUGUACCCGUUCCCACAGGGCAAGUAGACGGUGUUAAUUUUGCUUGCAUAGACGGAAAAGAGAAGCUUUCUAAUCAAAUUGAAUAUCUGAAUUUGGAGGAGGAAGUUCAUCGAGUUCUUCAGGAACUUAAAAACUCGCAAGAGCAUGAAUUCAGGAUCACGCAGGAUCGGCUUCAUGCUCGGAAAAAUCACAUUUCUAGUCUUUAUCAACAACUAGUGAAAGAAAAAUCCGAACUAGAGCGGCUUACACCAUUAACUGAUCAUGAUGCCUUACUAAAGUCGAUUGCAACCAUAGAAGAGCGUAUAAAGAGUGAGCUUUGCAAACUAAGAGAUAUGGAGAAAGUGGCCAUAGGGUGUGGAAAGACUCCCUAAUAACUAAUAAAAGAACACUAUGUACGGGUCUCGAAGAUUGACCCGUACCAUUCAUGCAGCUCUUGCCAUCCCUCUUCACUGUUCAUUUUAUCAGGAAGGCGGGAUUCCACCGGUAAGUUUCUACUCGAAAAUUUUGGGUUUCAUAUGAAUCAACUUACAUGCCUUUGAAUGUGAUCAUCUUCUAGCCUUGUUUCAAGCUAUAGGGGAUGUAUUGCUUGCAGCUGUAUUUCUUGUACAUCUGCCUUCAUAUAUGGGAUGUAUUGCUUGCAGCUAUAUUUCUUUCAUAGUUCUCUUUGUUUUCUUGAACUCUGUUUUGAUGCUUGUACAUUAAUGGAUGGCGUUGCCGUUGAUGAGUCUUGUUUUGCACACUAGACUAGACAAUUCUUCAUGAGAUUGGAUGUUUAUUUAGCAAACUUCGAAAAAUGGUGAACAUUCGAGUAUAAAGAUGCUCGACAGAACACAAUUAGGCUACCAUUUGGGCUAAGCUACUCAAACUCUUCAUUUUGCUUCACGUAUCCGCGUUCAAUCUUUGAUCCUUGGACAUUGGUAUUGUAUUUAGACACUUCAUUUUAGACGUAAAAUUGAAUAAAUAUGUAUCCAACA